CAUGAAAUUAUGAUCCAUUUUGAAAAUUUUCAUCACUUCACAUCACUCGUGACAUCACAAUGUAAUUUAUAUGAGUACUUACACGUGAUAUUUUUAAUCAAACUUCAUUUCUUUCUUUCUUUUAUAAUCUUAUGCCAUUGAAUUAUUAAAAUAACAAAUAUGAAUAAAAACGAAAAGAUUCAAUUAUUACGAGAUUCAAUUACCACUUUUCCCGAUUUUCCUAAACCUGGUGUCAUGUAUCGUGAUAUAUUUGGUAUUUUCCGCAAUAUUGCCGCAGUGAGAGCAAUGAAAGAUUUAAUAGUGGAACAUAUUUUAUUUCUUGAAGUAGAUUUCAUAGUUGGUUUAGAUUCACGAGGUUUUCUUUUUGGACCUAUAAUAUGCAUGGAAUUAGGAAAACCAUUUUUACCAAUUAGAAAAAAAGGAAAACUCCCAGGAAAGGUUUUUAAUCGUACCUUUAAUUUAGAAUAUGGAGAGGAUACUUUUGAAAUACAAACAGAGCAAAUAAAACAAGGAAGCCGAGUGCUUAUUGUAGAUGAUUUACUAGCAACAGGAGGUACUAUGGAAGCUGCAAUAGAAUUAGUGAAAGCAGUUGGAGGUGAAGUAAUUGAAUGUUUAACAAUAAUUGAAUUAAUUGGACUAAAGGGAAGAGAAAAACUUAAUGUACCUGUUCACUCGUUUAUUCAAUAUGAUUCUUAAUUCUAAAAUAAUAUACAUAAAAAGUAUAAUUUGUUCAAAGACAAUAUAAAAUACAAUAUUAUCAUUAUUA